UCGAACAGGACGAGUUUAGAACUUUUCUCUAAAACAAUGCAAAUUUGUCGAAUUUGCACUGAGGAUAUCAAUUCCGAAGCAUAUGUCUCAAUAUUCGAAGGAUAUGAUCCGAUUCCCGACAUGAUAGAAGAUUUGAGUGGGCUAAAGGUAACGAAAAACGACGGAUUACCGGAUGUGCUAUGUACAGAGUGCUAUGGAGGUCUCGAUUCUGCUUUACAACUCAAACAAAAAUGUUUAUUUUCCGACCAGAAGCUCAGGAAUCUUAUCAAUUAUGACAGUAUUGAAGUAACUGAAACCAAAGUUCACAUUGCUCCGAUAAUCAGUUACAAGAUUAUUUACGAAGAUGUGUCAGAUUCGGUUCCCCCCGAAGUAGAAACUACAGAUGAUUUGGCUAUGCCAAGCAAGGAUUUAAAUGAACAACUGGUAAUGAUUCCUAACACUUUAAACAACUUAGAAGAAGUCGAUAAUUUUGAUGGUACGGUGCUCAAAUGUUGCGGGUGUUCGUCUGCGUUCGAAAGCAAAGACCAUUUGUUAGAACACUCCAAAGAAAUGCACGAGCAGCAGCGCACAACAAACGAAGAACGACCUUUCGAAUGUGAAAUAUGUUUCAAAAGAUAUAUGUCGAAACGGGGGCUAAACUUGCACAAACGAAAUCCUUAUUUACUAAAACAGUAUCAGUGUUCUGUAUGUGGUAAGCGAUUCAGUAAUUUUAUAGUGUUAGCAAAUCACGAACGAAGCCACUCGAAGUUGAAACCUUUUUCGUGUAACGUCUGUUCCAAAAGCUUUGGUUCGCAAUCGAAUCUACUGGCACAUCUUAAAUUACAUUCCGUUGUUCCUGAGCACACUAAACACGUGUGUAGUCUCUGUGGAAAAGGAUUCAGCAGAAAGAGCUAUCUAAAAUAUCACUAUUCAUUACUCCACAGCGAAAAAACGCCCUUUUCUUGUACGCUUUGUUCAAGUAAAUUUAAAGCUAAAGCAAAUUUACGACUGCAUCUACGAACCCACACACAAGAAAGGCCGUAUUCAUGCGAGCUUUGCGAUAGGACAUUUAUGUAUCCUACCGAUCGGAAGAGACACAUGAUACAACACACCGGAGAAAAACCUUUCAAAUGCACAGACUGUGAUAAAGGGUUCACUAGGAAGGGAUUGCUGAAGAGGCAUCGUGCCUGUCAUGAGGACAAUAUAACUCAGACGGACGACUCUAUCUAAGGCACUAUCAAGUGCCGUGUGAAUAAAUAUUUUAAGUGUGAAUAAAUAUUUUGAUAUACAAUGUUUGAAUCCUAAAAUAAAACAAAAUCUGUUUUAAUCCACCCUGUGCAUGGGCGCUGGUCUUACAAAUUAGUUGUAUGUUCGAGCCCCGACCUGGAAGGGUUCGUAGUGUCAGUACACUGAAAAUAAUCCUCACGUUCAAUCCAAGUGCGUGCUGCAUUUGAACGUUCAAACGCGUAUAGCACUUCAUAUUCAAGUGUUUUUCUCAUAACUAAUAUGAACUCAAUACAUUCAAUUCAACAGUUUUGGCAUGUACACAGCAUUCAAUACAUGGGAUCUUGAGUGUCGUAUGCAACAAUCACCACUUCUAAAUGCUCUGAUAGUUAGAAAUAAAUUAAAAUUGAUAACAUUAGAAUCUAUAUGUUGCACACAUUUUCCUCAAAUAGACCGCACGUUCCAAUCAAAUGCACACGUGUAUUCAAUUUUAAAUACACUUGACACUUGGAGUUUGAAUACUUUUGUUUUUAAAUUCAUGUGCCAUGCACUUUGUUUUUAUGGAUCAUGGUGCUAUAAUUCAAAAAGCACCCUGUGAUUAAUGGAAUCAAAAUGGCUGAAAACAAAGCACCACAGUCUCUUGCAUUUGAAAAGUUUGAAUCAUACGGUUUUCCGGAAUAUAUUUGCAGAAUUCUUUUGGAUCGAAACAUUAUCCCAGAUGAUGGAACGUAGAUUCGCCACAUUUUAGCCAAUUCGCAGUUAGCGCAAUUGAUAUCAAACGAGACAGAAAAUUCAACCACGAUUAUACUCGAGAAAGACAAAUUUCCGUCGUUCGAAGCACCGGAACCUGGUUCGUCACCUGCGAAAGCAACAUAAUCAGCUGCUCGAUCAUCAAAAACCGUUCCCAUAGAUUUUGAACUUGAGAGUACAGAAGAUUUUGUUUUGGAUGAUGUACCAACUACUUCCGGAUUGUCUUCGCAUUCGUUUCCCGAAGUAUGUAUCUUAACUGCAAUGAAGAUUAUUAUUCGUACAUUGUACGAAUUCAAAUAUCAUGUUUGUUUUGCGACCGCUCAAAAAGUCGUUAUUGUUAUAUAUUUUGUGUUUACCAAAAAGAGACGGACUGUGGCAAAAACAACUUGUAGAACUGAUACCUACGAUUUCAGUACAUGCAUUAAGAAGAAGUAUUUUGGGACAAGUAUUAUUAAAACUUGGAAAGCAAGGUGCACCCUUAUCCGAAGCUCGUAAAUUAGAACUUGCUGGAAUUGUUGCUGAAUGACACCUAGUCAAUCGCUCGAAAACAACCGAGAAUGAUCUUCAGUCUGAAUUCUUAUUAUUUUCCCAGAGGAGGAGAGAAGAGAAACCCUGGUGGGAAAAUCUAUAAAAUCUAUAAAAAAAAGUGGUCCAUUAAGUAAAAUGAUGUGUUUUCGUUUCGAAGCAAAACACAAACAGAUCAAACAAUACGCCCACAUGACUUCAUCUCGAAAAAAUAUUUGUUACACAAUAGCAGUUAAAGCCUCGAUACAGUUUAGUUUCGAUCUAUGUGAUAAUAUUUUUUUCAAAAAUACUGUCACUAAUAAUUUUACAGCAAUUGACUUGAAAGCAAUUUACUAUUAUCAGAAAUUGACGGUCCACCUGUAACAGUACAUUAUUGAAAGGAUACAUUAUAUUUUAAAAAGAGAUGAUUUUAUGUUUCAAGAAAAUGAU